UAUGUUUUACUUGCGUCUUCGCAUGCAAAUUGCUUGUAAUUUUCGCGAGUGUGAAGACAAAAAAUGCAAUUGCGAAGCCAUUUCAAUACCUUUACUGGAUCUGUAAUAAUUAUUAUUCAAAUUUGGUAUCGAAUCUUCGUCCAACUCAUUUAGGAAAAUUUUGGAAAAAGUGCCUAUAAACUGAUGUUCCAGAUGACCUUGGCAUUAAAUUGUGCUUACACUUCGCUUAUAAAAGGGCAAUUAAAAAAUUUUCUUAUAAAAGUUUAGAUCGCUUAAUAAAGCGUUAAUAAUGGAAGUAAUUAAGUAAAUUGUUCGAUUACUCGAGAGUAGAGAGUUUUUGAAAUGAAUAAUUAAGUAAAAAAUGAUGAAGUGUUGUAAUGUUCGAAAACAGUUUAAAGUUUAAGAAAUAGAAGGCUAUGCUUCGUAGAAACAUUAAUGAUAAAAUCAAGAAUCUCUUAAAUAGGGAACAUAACUUGAAAUAAAUAAUGACAACGGCAAAAUAACUAAUUACUGAAUUUAAGAGUAAAAUGUCGAUUUCUUAAAGAUAUUAAUAAAUGUGAAGAUAAUGUAUAUAUAUAUAAUCCUGACUUUGAGCAACAACAAUAACUUGACUUUGGCGUCAACUUUUGACAAGUGCAAACGCGAUGCGAACUUUGACAAAUGCCUUGUAGAUGCUGUGAACAAUGCGAUCUUGCUGCUCAAGGAUGGCAACAAGGAGUUCGGCAUACCACCACUAGAACCACUCGCUGUUAAAUCGCUGGUCAUCGACUCCGGCAAUGCACCAAUUACGCUAAAGCAAACGAUGAAAAAUUUGCUAGUGCAUGACAUGAUCUCUACCAGCAAAGUACAACGCUAUCGCACUGAUCUAAAUAAUCAUCUGAUUAUUUGCGACAGUAAAACCGAUCGUAUUGAAAUGGUGGGCGAUUAUGAAAUGUCAGGCCGCAUACUACUAUUACCUAUAACGGGUAAUGGCAAAGCGAAUUUGACAUUGAUCAACACUCGCAUCGAACAUCGUCUCAUUGGUGAACCCUUCAUGCGCGAUGGCGUCAAAUAUAUGCGUUUGAAAGAGUAUCGUGUCGAUUUGAAUCCAAAACGUGUUUAUAUGCAAUUUGAUAAUCUCUUCAAUGAUCGUUUACUCUCACAAACAAUGAAUCGUUUUUUGAACGAUAAUUGGGAGACGGUAUUCAAUGAGCUAAAAGUUGGCUAUGCGGGUAGUUUUGGUAAAAUUUUCCGUGAUAUAUCGAAUAAGUUAUUUGAGGAGAUACCUUUCGAUUCAAUAUUCCUGAGUUCUUGAAACCGUGGCGCACUAAAGUAAGAAUGCAGCUAAAAAACAAUAGCUGGGUAUUUUGCUUUAAAUAUUUAAUAAAGCUUCUGCAGAUUUUACUAUAAGAAUGUGAGUGAGAACGUUAAAUUGAGUUAUUUUUGAAUUUAUUAUGUGUAGUUAUUUAUAAGUGUAUAAAUUAAAGAAAUAUAAAAUAUAUAUGUUUGUACCUAUAUAAAUACAUAUGUAUGUAAAAUGUUUUAUUCAUACAUUUUUGCAACGGAUACAAGAUGUUUUAUAAAAUAUUAAAACGUGACUAACA